CCCACCAAGACAGUCCCAAUCAAAGAUCCUCCCAAUUCCCCUUUCUCCUUUCCCAGCACAAUGGAGGCAAUGCCCGCUUUCCUCCAGAAAUCCUGGACGCCUAAAGCCCGAAUCUUCGUCGUCUUCGCCUGCAUGCUGCUUUGCCUGGCUGCCUUAUGCUUCCUGCAGUUCACACUGUUUAAACCUAACAACAAAGACUUCUAUUCUUUCCAAGUUCUGAAUUCCAGGGGGAAGCUGGUCUCGCUGGAGAAAUACAGAGGCAAAGCAUCGCUGGUUGUAAACGUGGCGAGUAAGUGCGAGCACACGGACAAGAAUUACCGGGGCCUGCAGGAGCUACAGAGGGAACUCGGGCCCAUGCACUUCAACGUCAUUGCCUUCCCCUGCAACCAGUUCGGAAAAUCCGAGCCCGGCACCAACUCCCAAAUCGACAGCUUCUCCAAAACAACUUACGGAGCCACUUUCCCCAUUUUCGGCAAGAUCAGAGUGUUGGGAAACGAGAGCGAGCCUGCGUUCCGGUAUCUCGUGGAUACUACAAAGAUGGAACCCCGAUGGAAUUUUUGGAAAUAUCUGGUCAACCCAAAGGGUCAGGUGGUAAAGGUCUGGCGAACUGAAGACCCCAUGGCUGCCAUCAAGCAGAAUGUGUCAGAAUUAGUGGCAAAAAUUAUAUUGAAAAAGAGAGACGAGUUUUGAAGCAGUGCUGCUGUGUUAGACAACCUCGUCGCUUGGGAUGUUAAUAACAGUCACCACUCCGAAAGCUUAUACAGGCUGUUGCAGUUUAACUUGAUGGCGAACUAUCCCUGCACCUGAAAUAUCCAGCCACACACAGGUGUUUUGAGCCUUGAUAUUGAAUAUUGAAAUCUAUUGAGAUAUGUCAUACACUUUCUAACAAAUAUCCAAAUAUUUUAAGUUACAAUAGAAAUGUGUUCUCUUUAUGUGGUGGAUGAAUAUCUGUUCACGUUUACAUAAACUGAUUUGUUAGAUGGGUCCAUGACUGAUAAUAUGUUUGAAAAUUACCAACCCAGGAUUGCCAUUCAUUAUAAACCACAACAGCAAGUUUGUAUAUGUACGGUGAUCAACUUAACUUGGUUAUAGGAAUGAGAUAAAACAACCACUAAGCAUGAACAGAUGAUUAUCUUUUCCAAUUACUGUUGAUUUACAGUGUUCUUAAAACUAUCUAAAUUGGAAUUCUAAGAUAUAUUUUUAAAAUAUCAUUCAAAAAUGUUGUGUUCAUACCCAGGAUCAGACCAAAUCAAUGUCAGAGAGUCCAGAUUUCAAGAUUCAAGACUAUUGCAAAUAGUUUCAGCAGAUGUAUUGGACUAAUUGCAAAAAGGUAAAAGGGCAGGACUGCCGUUCUUGUUUACCCACAUUUUGAAAGAUAAGUUUAAUAAAUUAUGUUAAUAUGGUCAAGAAUCCAUUUGCAAUUGCUUCCUUAUACAAUAAAGCAAAAUAUGUUACCAUUAGUGUUUUGGUUGACAUCGUCCUGUAAAUAUCUAGAUGCAUCACUUUUUACAUCUGAAUGACAAACUGAUUAUGUUAAUAUUCAUAUCCACACAUUCACAGCUCUAACUUUCAGAUUGUAUCUUUAAAUUUUUAAUCCAAGCAAUCUAGUACACAUUCUAUGCACUAUUACCAUAUAAAUUCAAAAUUCUCAAAUUCUUUUAGUUCCAGGACUAAUUUAGUUCCAGGACUGAUAUUACAUAAGCCUAAAGAAAAUAUACAUUUUCAGAUAGAUUUUCUCCUAAGUUGAAAUAAAUAUAUUGGAUAGUGAUACUUUGAAACACAUCUUUGCAAUGCUCUCCUUAUGCAAUGAGACAAUUUCAAUGUUACCUUUUGUUUUAGUUGUUGUGUACGUAACAUACUUUCUUUUGUGGGUGCAGUUAGCCAACAAAUAAUUUAGUUGUGUGGUGCAUGGCAAAGAAUAGCAACUGGUCAAGUGUGCGUGAAAGAUUAAGGUGUAUUCCUAAAGUUACUUUGAUUUUCAUAACUAUUCACGUUACUCGUGUUAUUUACAAUGGCAAGGCCUUUCGUUUAUGAAAUAAUCAGUUAUGCCAAGUCUUAUUUUAUCAAUAUCACAAGAACAAAAAUGUUAUCAAUAUCACAAGAACAGAGAUAUUGCUGUUCUGAAGAUGCUUCAUUUCAUAUGGCUUGAGGACAAAAAUACUAAUUGGAUCUUAUUACGGGCAACUCUGCAUUACGGUGGAUGGGAGGGGGGGGGGGGUGUGGAUGUGUUCUUAUAAUAUUGGCCAUUUCGUGAUUUUCUGUAAAAUGAGGCUGAACAAUCGUCAAGAAACAUGAAUAAAAAUGUAAUUUUGUUUUGGCUUAUUUUAUUUUCCACAUAGAUUCCACAAAAGUGAAUUUUAUUCUGUAUCUUAAAUUUUAAUGUGGUGUUUUAUGAAUUCUAUAAGGGUAAAUUACAUUUUGGUAGCCCGGUUGGCCCUAAUAUAAGGAUUGCCAAUAUUCUGUCAGCAUCUCCAAAAUGGAGGAACACAUUUCUCACAUACGUCUCUUCAUGUCUUCUCAUCAAUUGUUGUUUUAUUAAUUUACCACUGUAUUGUUAUUUUCAUUGUUUAAUACGUACUGUUUCAUUGCUUCUCUCUUUACUGGGUGUCCUAAACCCAUACAAUGAAAGCAGGAGAAUUCCCCAAAUAGAAUAGUUAGACCAUAUGAAAUAUAUGCAGGAGUAGGCCAUUUAGCCCUUUGGUCCUGCUCUACGGCUGAUCUAUGAUCACUUACAGUAACCUUCAGUAACCCUUUCACUGCUUUCAAAUUUAAAUAUAUAAAUCUGACACGACCUUGCAUAGACAUAGUGAGUGAAACUCCAAGUCACCCUAGGAUGGAGUAUUUCAUUUGUUCAAUACUCUGGGUGAUGAAAAUUUCUUAUCAAUCUCUUGAAUGGCCGACUGUUUAUUUUGAAUUAGUGACUCUUAUUUCUGGACACUCUAACAAGGAGAAACAUUAACUUUGCAGAUUCCCUCUCAGGAUAUGAAAGAAUGUUGUCAUUUUAAUGAGGUCACCAAACAUUCAAUACUCAAACCAAAACGUCUGCUGAAUCUCUAAUACAAAAGAGUUAGGUAUAGAGUUACCAGCUAAACUGUUGCCAUUUAUCUGUUGCACCUAUAUUGUUCAUUUUAAUUUUAGAUUGCAGUGGUACAAAGUAUCUCUUCCAAAAAUAAAGGAUUUUUGGUUGAGGCUGUUAACUUCAUUGUGAAAGGAAAACAUCAAAAGCUUAGAAGGUGGAUUGAAAAAGGUGCUAAGUAAGGAUGCAAUUAUUUUUUCAUGAUAAUUAUGUUAUAUUGCUGUGGGGCAGGUGUGAAGAUUUUAGAAUGGCCACACCAACUAGCCUGGAUAAGUGUUUUUGGUUGCUGAAACCCAGGGUUCUAGAAUAUCCUCACUUUCUACCUUUCUUUCGUCCAUGGAGAUGGUUCUUAAAAUCUGAAGAUAGGUUCCGCCCCAAAACGUCAUCUAUUCCUUUUCUCCAGAGGUGCUGACUGACCCAAUAAGUUAUUCCAGCAUAUUGCGACUAUCUUCAGUGUAAACCAGCAUCUGUAGUUCCUUCCUAUACUCAUAUUCUACCCUGAAUCUGAAUCUGAAGAAGGGUUUCGGCCCGAAACGUUGCCUAUUUCCUUCACUCCAUAGAUGCUGCUGCACCCGCUGAGUUUCUCCAGUUUUUUUGUGUAACCUCAAAUUCUACCCGUUUGACCAAGUUUUUAUCAUUUCAAAUUUUCAGUAUUUGUAAAAUAUCUUUGGACCUGUUCAUGUGUUAAAGGCAUUAUUUGUCUGAAGAAGGGUCUCGACCCGAAACGUCGCCUAUUUCCUUCGCUCCGUAGAUGCUGCCUCACCCGCUGAGUUUUUCCAGCAUUUUUGUCUACUUUAAACAUUUAAAUGUAAGCUGUUGGUCUGUGAUUUAGGCACAUUAGAAAUUACCAGUGAGGUUGUGUACUAUGUGUACUUAUUACCAUACUGCAAUUUGAGAAAUUCACUGUUAAGUUUUUAAAAUGUGGGAGGUUUAAUUCUAGUUGAACUGUGAAUGUGCUGGGGUCGUUCACCACUCUGUCUGGUGGCAGUAAUUGCGAUUGGUACUUCACUCUUCCAACUGCUUACAUUAGGAUAUCUGUGAUGACAUACAAUUAUAACCAGACUUGCGAGAAAUACCAAUCAUCGAUACAUGACAUAUCUAAUUAGUUCAUCAGAAGAAAACUUGGUGCCAGCCCUGCUGUGUAUAAUUUUGUUUAAAGAAAUGCUGUAUUUCUGUGUAUAUCAAAGUGAUUCAUCCUUUGAGCUUUUUUUUGUACGACCUGCAAGAUAUCAAUAAACAUACUUUAUUUUG